CUCUUUUAUUUUAAAGAGAACACCAUAAACUGUUGACCAACGAACUAACAUAUGCGGUUGUUACAUCAAUGUAGAUCGUUAUAUCUAAUAUAUUUUUAUUGUCCUAUGAGAAAAUAGGUUGUCUUUCUAUAGGCGUUUGAAAUCGGACACCGCUGGCGUUGGGGCCCUCAUUUCAUGCGUAGGGAUACGUUGUUGCUUUUGACAAUGUGGACGGAGGUGGUUAAGAUGUCUACUAGAAGAAUGAAAUCAUCUUAAUUGUAACAACAAAAAGGAAGACGUGAGAUUAAUAACUAGAUAUUGUUUGGAUUCGGACUGGUUACAUUGUACUAAUGAUGUGAGUAGUGUAACAGAGCAAGGUUCAAGAGGAAUAAGGAAGACAUCUACAGCGAUCCAAUGUGUUUCACGCGCUGAGGUUGAAAUUCUCUUGAAGUUUUAUGUUUUUUCCCCCUACGAUACUCAGCCUUUCUUUUUACUGUUGGAUGCCAGACAUUUGAAGAUUAAAGGGUUGUUAGAGACUGAGGGGCAUGAACGAGCAGCCGCAGCAGAGAAUGGCUGCAGUGGGAACACAAGACAAGGAACUCAACGACCUCCUGGAUUUCAGUGCGAUGUUUGCACCACCUGUGGCUAAUGGGAAGAACAGACCGACGACACUCGCUAGCAGUCAGUUUGGUGGAUCAGCUCUGGACGAGCGCAGUAGCUCUGGAUCCUGGGGCCCUGGAGAACAGAACAGCCCCUCCUUCAACCAAGGACGGGGCUACGGAGAUAGCUCCCACUACAAUGAGCAUGAGGGCCUGUCAUCUCCCUUCCUCAGUUCAGGAAUCGGAGGUAAAAAUGAGAGGGUACCAUACUCUUCGUUUGGAGGCCAGCCUGGCUUCCUACCCAGUGACAUCGCCAUGCCCAGUCCAGAUUCCAUGUCCCCCUCUGGGCUAAAGUCUGCCUCUCAGUUCUACCCCGGAUCGUACCCCAACAACCCCAGGAGGAGGCCUCCCGAUGGCCAGCUAGACACCCAACCGAAGAAGAUCCGGAAACCCCCUGGCCUGCCUUCCUCGGUGUAUGCCUCUUCCUCCGGGGAUGAGUAUGCCCGUGACAACGGAGGAUAUCCUGGCACCAAACCUGGCUCUGUCUACCCAGGCUCUUUUUACAUGCAAGAGGGACUCCACCCCUCCUCUGACCCUUGGGCCUCCUCAGGACCUUUGGGUCAGUCUGGCUACUCUGCCAUGCUGGGGAACUCUCCCCACAUCGGCCAGCCCGGAUCCUUCUCUGCCAUCAACCCACAGGACAGGAUGGUGAGGACAACCCCACACUAUAAGCGUCAACCCCUGCCUCUGUCCCCACAGAACUACCCUCUCCACGGCAGUGAGGUGAACGGCAGUCUCGCGCCCGGCUUCCACUCUGGGUCUGGGAGCUACAACCACACAUCCUCCAUCAACGGCGCAGACAGCAUCAUGGCCAAUAGAGGCACCACUGCAGGGAGCUCAGGGGAUGAGAUUGGGAAGGCUCUUGCUUCAAUCUACCCCUCGGACCACAACAGUAACAACUUCUCCUCCACACCCUCCACCCCAGUGGGCUCACCCCAGGGAAUUGCAGGAGCGGCAUCUCAAUGGCCAAGACCUUCAGGGCAGUCUGCCCUGUCACCCAACUAUGAAGGGCAACUGCAUGCCCUGCAGAACAAAAUGGAGGACCGCCUGGAGGAGGCCAUCCACGUGCUGCGUAGCCACGCUGUCCAAGGCCCUCCCGGCCUGGGAGGAGGAGCCCACUCUGACAUGCACAGCCUGCUGAGCGCUGUGUCCUCUGUACACAACGGUGGCCUGGGAGGUCUCUCUCAGGCCUUCUCCAAUGCUGGCCUUGCCCUCAGCAACAGACACCCUACCAUGGGAGGGAACCACCAGGAGGAGCCCACAGGCCUUCCUCCCAGCAGUACCCUGUUGCACGGUCACCACGCCUCCGGACCCCCACAGUCCACUGGACAACCAGAGGGCUUCACCAGUCUGCCAGGAAGUGUGGCCCGCUCCACACACUCGUCCAGCGGCUCGGACAUCAAGCGGGAGGACAAGGAGGACGACGAGAACUCCUCCAUCGCUGACAAGUCUGAGGACGAGAAGAAAGAAACCAAACGCAUCAGAGCAAGAAAGGAGGCGUUGACCCUCCAGAUCCUCUCUGGCCUCUCAGGCCUGUCAGACCCGGGAGAUGAUCAAGAGGAUGAGGAUGACGAGGACCUUCCUCCUGAGGUAAAGGUAGAGCGUGAGAAAGAGCGGCGAGUGGCCAACAACGCCCGCGAGCGGCUGCGAGUGCGAGACAUCAACGAGGCUUUCAAGGAGCUGGGCCGCAUGUGCCAGCUGCACCUCAGCAACGACAAACCUCAGACCAAACUGCUCAUCCUGCAUCAAGCCGUCAACGUCAUUCUCAACCUGGAGCAGCAAGUCAGAGAACGCAACCUGAACCCUAAAGCAGCGUGUCUGAAGCGACGGGAGGAGGAGAAAGUCUCUGGGGUGGUGGGGGAGUCCCCCAUGCAGCUCUCAGGAGGCCACCCCGGCAUGGGGGGAGAUGGCCAUAACCCAGUCAGCCAUAUGUAAUACCAGAUCUGGUGGAAUUCCUUUGGCUCUCGGAAGAUGUGGCCUUGAUCUCUUCUUCCACCCAUUCUUCUCAGUGUGUACAUAUACUGAUGUGUCUGUGUAUUGUCAUAAUUCAGUUUCAAGACACACAUUCACACACCCUUAUCCACACAUGCAUACUGCCAAAACUGACACAGCCAAUUUGCCGCACUCCUGACCAUGACUACCAGCGCAAAUGUGAAGAACCUUGUACUUUCUUUUUUUUAAAAAUAUAUAUAUACACAUGUAUUUUUUUGCUUCCGUAACAUGAUGGAUCACCGGAGUACUAGUGUCCGGCCACAAAUGGGACUUAAAACACUGCCGAGAGGUGCUCUGUGAAAGACAGAAGCCUAACAAACUACAAAUUUACAAAGGAUUUGUGCCUAAUUGUUACAUAUUUUAUGAGACAUUUAAGCAAAUGUGUGGAACGUUUUGUUUCGGGGUUGCUUGUAUGUAUGAGCAAGUGUAGAUUUGUCAUUCCCAACUUAAUGGUACAGUCUUACAUAUGUUAUGUAACCAAAUCCAUGUGAUAGAGAGGGCAGUUGACCUGCAUCGUGGGACAGAGUUGAGGUCCCACCCCAGCUCUGUGGGCCCUGGGCCCAACAUGAGAGGAGGCAGAAGGGGGAGGAACCUCACCUGCCUAGUUGUCAUGUUCAGGGUUGUAGAAGACUCCAAGGCUUUUCUUCCCUGCCAUAAACUAAAUAAUAGUAUUUCAGACUCCAGUAUUGUUUCAGCAUCCCCUCGGUGUAGGUUAAUUGGGAGACACCUGGCCAGGGGUAGAAAAGCAGUUUUACAGCACAAAAGAAACAGUAAUUUUUCAUCCUGCGUCUCACCCAUUGGUUACUAUUGAUGCCAUCAGAAACUAGAGAAGCUUUCUGGAAAGCUUGUGGCGUUAACCAGCCACUCUGUUCCGUCUAGUCAUGAGACUGGAGGCUUGGUUUGGAAUACUCUGAUGGGCAUCUUAUGGCCAUAUUGUGUAGUGCCACCCUUUGAGUUUCAAAUCAAUUGACCCUGAACUCAUGCCCCAUGCAUUGUCAUUCUUAAAAAACUAACACUAGGCGCCAAUUUGCAGGAUCAACCAUUGAUACCCUUAAUGGAAUGAAAUAUCCUCUUAAUACCAGAUAAGCAAUUUAUUUGAAGUUCAGUUGUCUAUUCUUAAAAUUGAAGCUUUGAGCAUUCCCAAUGAACGACACUACAUGGCCAAACGUGUGUGGAUUCGGUUAUUUCAGCCACACCUGUUACUGACGUAUAUAAAUCGAGCAAACAGCCAUGCAAUCUCCAUAGACAAACAUUGGCAGUAGAAUGGCCUUACUGAAAUGCUCAGUGACUUUCAACGUGGCACUGUCAUAGGAUGCCACGUUUCCAACAAGUCAGUUUAUAAAAUGUCUGCACUGUUAGAACUUCCCCGGUCAACUGUAAGGGCUGUUAUUGUGAAGGGGAAACGUCUAGGAGCAACAACGGCUCAGCUGUGAAGUAGACCGUAUAUGCUUACAGAACAGGACCAUGUAGUGCAUAAAAAUCAUCUGUCCUCGGUUGUAACACUGACUACAGAGUUCCAAACUCCGGAAGCAACGUCAGCACAGAAA